UCCGCUCACACACAAGAGGAGAGUGUUGAGCCGCCAUAUCUGCUGCUGCCGCCGCAGUUGCGAAUGCAGCAUCGGCGCUUAGCUGCCUCCGCGGUGCCGCUAAGGUUCGUGUCGCUAUCCCUUGGCCCUUCGCUCUUGCUGCCUUAACCCCGCCGGCGGAGCCCGCUCUUUCUGGUCUGUUGAGCCCGCUCCCUCACUGCCACACAGCAAGUUCUGAGACCAUGGAUUCGGGCAGCAGCAGCAGCGACUCGGCGCCCGAUUGCUGGGACCAGGUGGACAUGGAAGCCCCAGGGUCGGCCCCGAGCGGGGAUGGAGUCUCCUCUGCGGUGGCCGAGGCCCAGCGCGAGCCCCUCAGCUCGGCCUUCAGCCGUCAGCUCAACGUCAACGCCAAGCCCUUCGUGCCUAACGUACACGCCGCGGAGUUCGUGCCGUCCUUCCUGCGGGGCCCGACUCAGCCGCCCACCCUCCCGGCCGGCUCCGGCAGCAACGAUGAAACCUGCACCGGCGCGGGAUACCCUCAAGAACCUGUUGUAGAAAAUGGAGAGGUGGAAAUGGCCCUAGAAGAAUCAUGGGAGCACAGUAAAGAAGUAAGUGAAGCCGAGCCUGGGGGUGGUUCCUCGGGAGAUUCGGGGCCCCCAGAAGAAAGUGGCCAGGAAAUGAUGGAGGAAAAAGAGGAAAUAAGAAAAUCCAAAUAUGUGAUUGUACCUUCAGGUGCUCCUAAGAAAGAACACGUAAAUGUAGUAUUCAUUGGCCAUGUAGACGCUGGCAAGUCAACCAUCGGAGGACAGAUAAUGUUUUUGACUGGAAUGGUUGACAAAAGAACACUGGAGAAAUAUGAAAGAGAAGCUAAGGAGAAAAACAGAGAAACAUGGUAUUUGUCCUGGGCCUUAGAUACAAAUCAGGAAGAACGAGACAAGGGUAAAACAGUCGAAGUGGGUCGUGCUUAUUUUGAAACAGAAAGGAAACAUUUCACAAUUUUAGAUGCCCCUGGCCACAAGAGUUUUGUCCCAAAUAUGAUUGGUGGUGCUUCUCAAGCUGAUUUGGCUGUGCUGGUCAUCUCUGCCAGGAAAGGAGAGUUUGAAACUGGAUUUGAAAAAGGUGGACAGACAAGAGAACAUGCGAUGUUGGCAAAAACGGCAGGGGUAAAACAUUUAAUAGUGCUUAUUAAUAAGAUGGAUGAUCCCACAGUAAAUUGGAGCAUCGAGAGAUAUGAAGAAUGUAAAGAAAAACUGGUACCCUUUUUGAAAAAAGUCGGCUUCAGUCCGAAAAAGGACAUUCACUUUAUGCCCUGCUCAGGACUGACCGGAGCAAAUAUUAAAGAGCAAUCAGAUUUCUGCCCUUGGUACACUGGAUUACCAUUUAUUCCGUAUUUGGAUAACUUGCCAAACUUCAACAGAUCAAUUGAUGGACCAAUAAGACUGCCAAUUGUGGAUAAGUACAAGGAUAUGGGCACUGUGGUCCUGGGAAAGCUGGAAUCUGGGUCCAUUUUUAAAGGCCAGCAGCUUGUGAUGAUGCCAAACAAGCACAAUGUAGAAGUUCUUGGAAUACUUUCUGAUGAUACUGAAACUGAUUUUGUAGCCCCAGGUGAAAACCUCAAAAUCAGACUGAAGGGAAUUGAAGAAGAAGAGAUUCUUCCAGGAUUCAUACUUUGUGAUCCUAGUAACCUCUGCCAUUCUGGACGCACGUUUGAUGUUCAGAUAGUGAUUAUUGAGCACAAAUCCAUCAUCUGCCCAGGUUAUAAUGCGGUGCUGCACAUUCAUACUUGUAUUGAGGAAGUUGAGAUAACAGCCUUAAUAUCCUUGGUAGACAAAAAAUCAGGAGAAAAAAGUAAGACACGACCCCGCUUCGUGAAGCAAGAUCAAGUAUGCAUUGCUCGUUUAAGGACAGCAGGAACCAUCUGCCUAGAGACGUUCAAAGAUUUUCCUCAGAUGGGUCGUUUUACUUUAAGAGAUGAGGGUAAGACCAUUGCAAUUGGAAAAGUUCUGAAACUGGUCCCAGAGAAGGACUAAGCAAUUUUCUUGAUGCCUCUGCAAGAUACUGUGAGAAGAAUUGACAGCAGAAAUUCACCACCUACUCUUAUUUACUGCCCAUUGACUGACUUUUCUUCAUAUUUUGCAAAGAGAAAUUUCACAGCAAAAAUUCAUAUUUUGUCAGCUUUCUCAUGUUGAGAUCUCAGUUAUGUCACUGAUGAAUUUACCCUCAAGUUUCCUUCCUCUGUACCACUCUGCUUCCUUGGACAAUAUCAGUAAUAGCUUUGUAAGUGAUGUGGACGUAAUUGCCUAUAAUAAUGAAAAAUUAAUGUACUUUAAUUUUUCAUAUUCUUUUAGGAUAUUUAGACCACCCUUGUUCCACGCAGACCAGAGUGUGUCAGUGUUUGUGUGUACGUUAAAAUGAUAACUAACAUAUGAAUAAAAUACUCCAUUUGAAACUCUUUGGUUAUUUGAAAUGCUUUUGAAUGAUGUUUAAAUGUCAUUAUAUAAUGCUAUUCAAUUAGCUUUAUUACUUUCUCAAAUAGUUGAAUAUGUUCUAUCACUCUUAAAAACUUAAAAACUCUUCACCACUUACUGUUUUAAGUGAGGAAUUUACAAACAAUGCAUAAGUGUGUAUUAAAGGAAUAAUUUUAAUUAUGAGAAAAAAACUUAUGUUAAGGCUCUUCCCAGUGGGCUUUGUUUUCUCUGUCCAAGUCCAGUCAAUAAAGGAGCUCUUCUGCUUCCCCACUUGUGAUUUGAAAA